AUGGGGGACCUGCCGCCGCCCAGGGUGACCCCAUCUCGCCCGUUUCUUAACACGGGCAUCGACUAUGCCGGUCCAGUAUGGCUGCGGACGUCCAAAGGCCGAGGACACCACGCAGCCAAAGCGUUUAUUACUGUCUUUAUUUGUUUGAGUUCCAGAGCCGUUCAUUUAGAUGUAGCGUCGGACUACUCCGCGGAGGCGUUCCUGGCCGCCCUACGCCGAUUCGUCGCCCGCCGAGGCCUGUGUCGUGCGCUUUAUAGCGAUUGCGGGACGAACUUCGUCGGAGCCGACGCUCAGCUGAAAGCUUUGUUCUCCGCUAGCGACCAGGAAGGCCGACGAAUCGCAGCACGCGUCGCAGAGGAAAGCAUACAGUGGCAUUUCAACCCUCCGGCGGCGCCUAACUUCGGCGGAAUUUGGGAGGCCGCCGUGAAAUCAAUGAAGUUGCACUUGAGGCGGGUCAUAGGCGAAACGAAACUAACGUACGAGGAGAUGGCCACCGUCCUUGCGCAAGUCGAAGCGUGCUUGAACUCACGCCCGCUCCAAGCCCUAUCAGAUGACCCGGAGGACUUAGCCGCGCUGAAGCCGGGCCACUUCCUCAUCGGCUCAGCACUCAAAGCAGUACCCGAGCCGUCUCUAGCCGAGGAGUCAACGAGCCGUCUCUCCCGGUGGCAGCUGCUGCAAAGAAUUCGGGAUCAAUUCUGGGACCGGUGGUCAAAGGAAUAUCUCCACACGCUGGCGCACCGGCCAAAAUGGGUCAAAGCUAGCGAGGAAAUUCAGGUCGGCCGAUUGUGCCUCCUGAGGAGCGAAACGACCCCACCGACGAAAUGGCCUCUAGCGAGAGUCGAGGAGCUGCACCCCGGGGGAGACGGCCACGUCCGCGUAGUCUCCGUUCGAACGACUACCUCGCGCUUUACCCGGCCC